AUGUCAACCCCGGCGGAACAAGCAGCUGCCGAGAAGACCCUCGGAAACGACUUCUAUAAGGCCAAGAACUUUGCUCAGGCCCAUGAGCACUACGACAAGGCCAUCGAGCUCGAUCCUUCCAACAUCACCUUCUACACCAACAAGGCCGCCUGCUACUUUGAGGAGCAGAAGUUUGACGAGUGCAUCGAGCUCUGCAAGAAGGCCGUGGAAAUCGGACGCGACAACCGUGCCGACUACACGCUGAUCGCGAAGGCGAUGGCCAGGGCCGCAAAUGCGUACCUGAAGAAGGGCGAGAAGAAGGAGGCCCUAACCUGGUUCCAAAAGUCGCUCUCCGAACACCGCGACCAGGACCUCGUCAAGAAGGCCAAGGCGCUCGAGAAUCAGAUCAAGGACGAGGAGAAGCGCGCCUACAUUAACCCGGAGUUGGCCGAGGAAGAGAAGAAGAAGGGUAAUGAGCUCUUCAAGAAGGGCGACUACCCGUCAGCGAUGAAGCACUACAAUGAGGCGGUCAAGCGCGAUCCGGAUAACGCUGUCCUCUACUCAAACCGCGCCGCCUGUUUGACGAAGCUGAUGGAUUUCCAGCGUGCUCUCGAUGAUUGCGACCAGUGCAUCCGCAAGGACAAGACCUUCAUCAAGGGCUACAUCCGAAAGGGUGCCUGCCUGAUCGCGAUGCGGGAGUACUCACGUGCCCAGGACGUCUAUCACCAAGCCCUCAGCAUCGACCCGUCGAACGCUGAAGCCAAGCAGGGCAUCCGCCAGUGCCUGGAGAACGAGCCGGCCUCUGCCGGAAGCUCGGACGGCGUUCGCGAGCGCGCCAUGAAGGACCCGGAGGUUAUGGAGAUUCUGCAGGACCCGGGCAUGCGCCUCAUCCUCGAGCAGAUGAGCCAGGACCCCGGUGCCAUCCGCGAGCACCUCGCCAACCCGGAGGUCGCCAAGAAGAUCAUGAAGCUCCGCUCAGCCGCAAUGAACGAGCCCGGUACUUCCGUUCAAGAGGACGACCAUUUGGAUGAGGAUGUGAAGCCAGAGAUCAACGCCCUCUUCCAGCAGAUCCAGGAUGAAGAGACGGAUGACUAUUCGCGGAUCGACGGCUCUCACAUUUUAUUCGGAGCCUCACAUGAGCCAGAUCAGGAAGAACCAGAAAUUCCGGAAGCCCAUGAAACCUCCAUCCCCACUGAUCUUUCCAGCCUUCUCGGCUUGAUUGAAGAUCAAUUGCCGCGCUAUGAAGCGCCGGUGUUCGACGCGGUUACGGCCGAAGCGACGCUCAACGAAUCCUCGGAGAGGGAAAACCGGAGCUGUCACCUGUGCGGAAAGUACAUCAGUGGACGUUCACGGAAUUCGCAGCCUAGCGCCUUCAUGUCUCACAUCAUCACGCAUGUCGAUGUCAAGCUGUAUGCCUGUUCUGUGUGCGGCCUCGAGCUGAAAACCGAGGACGAUGUGGCAGAUCAUUGCAAGUCAAAACACAAGGGUCGCGGAAAGGCACUAGCUAGCAGCGACAGCCUAGGCCGACAGAUGAGCGAGAUGACGACAAGGUGCUUCCCGCUCCACGUGCCCCUCAUCGAGUCGUACCGGAAGAAGCUCGGCUGGGGAGAUGAGCGGACACCGCUCGACGAGAUCGUACCCACCUUUGGGAUGCCCAAGCGGAACAGCGACAGUGAGCCGUACGUCUACAAGCCGCGGAAGGGCAAGCGGAAGACCGGCGACCUCAAGGAGGGCGAGGAGAUGUCCGUCUUUGACGCCAUCAUCACCGGCAACCUGCAUGUACAACACGCCAAGGAGAAAGCCAUACGCCACCUCCUCGACACCACCAUCCUCGGCGUGCCGCUCGACCCGAAGCCAGAAGAAACGGCGGUACAUCAAAAAUCAAUGAUUGAUGCCGGCUGCGACGAGAAUAUUGAAGAUCUAUUCCCGCGAGAGUCGUCGCCUCCGACUCCCGAAGACCCGGAAGAGCUCGCCUCGGAAAUUGCCAAGCUUCGCGCGCUGGUGAAGAAGCGUGACGCGGAGAUCAAGGACAUGGACAAGAAAUUGGCGGUCGAACAAAAGUCGCGGGCCGAGCUGAAGGCGCGCAAUGUGCAGCUCGAGACGCAAAUGAACGCCCUCGCGACCAAGGCCAAUCAGCUCUACAAACUGAUCGGCGACAAGAGCACGGAAAUUAUGGUGCUGGAGAUGAAGAAAGACGACCUGAUCGGCGCCCUCAAGAAGGUCGACCCGAAGGCUGCAAAGAAAUUCGCG